AUGUCUUUGAUUGCCAAUUUUGUGGUGUUUUGGACCUUUAUUCAGCCAUAUUCGGCUAUCAUCAUUUCAAGGACGUUUGUAAAGUCAAUGACGUCGCCUGAAGCAGGACAAACGUAUGUGAAAUACACCGGUCAGGGUUUGCCGACAAGUGACGCCACCAGAGUAUCAAACGUUAUAAAGAUUAGCUAUGGUUCACACAUUCACUGUGCGCAAGAAUGUCUAGGCAAGGAAAAGUGUAAGGGGUUUGAUGUAGUGAAAACACAGAAUAGCGACUCGCUCUGCAAAACGUAUGAGGAAUGCGAAACCGGUUGGACUUCAUACGGAAGUCACUGUUACCGCCUUACUAAAUCCACUGCGAAAGGAUGGUCUGAUGCAGAGCAGGUAUGUCGCGCGGAGGGAGCGCACCUGGUGAGUAUCACUUCCGGAGAAGAGAACGACUUUAUCAGAAACCUUCAUCAGAGUGAUGAUGUAGCUAAACUUUUAAUGAUCUGGCUGGGACUGGACCCGGCGAAAUUACAGCCGCAGUGGACCGAUGGCUCCGGUAUCCCCUAUUCAAAUGUUGGCGUCCCACAGGGCAUAGAAAAAGGAGCCUGCUACGUGCUGAACCCAAGUGGCGAGUGGACAACGGAAGACUGCAUGCAAAGGCGCUUCUUCAUUUGUGAGAAAAACUGA